AUGUGGUCAACAUUCGUUUGGUCGUUUACUUCGAUAAUAAUAAUCAUUAGUGGUUUAACUUUAUCAAAACAUAAAUCCGUAGGUGAUACUCGUCGAAUAGUAUCGACAAUUAUUCCAGAUAGUGAAUAUGAACAAGUCAUUGGUAAACGUUAUCUAUUUGCACCAUUUGCCAAUGAAUCUACUGCUUGGCCAGUAAUGACUAAUAUUCGUAAUGUAUAUCAAGUUGUUUCAUUACCACAAUAUUACGCUCAAGCUGCUAAGGAAUUUUGGUUAUUGACUGAAAGUACUAAUUUAACAACUGGCUCACUACAAAUGUCUUGGAUGUCUUCGUCUGAUAAUAAUACUUCAGUAGUUUUGUCGAAAAUUGAUCCGAAAAGUUUUUUGGUUGUUUCACACAAUGAAACUACUGGUAUGGUUUAUACAGCUGCUCUCAUUUCUUUCGAACGUAUACAAUUGAUUUUAUGCAAUCAAUCGGAUGCAACUUCUUGUAGAAUUCUAGAAAGCAUUUCAUUUCCUCCAGUCUUAGCAAAUAUUUCAAAGAUUGGAGCUGGUUUGUUUAUAGAUGAUUUGGGAAGUGCAGAAUGGUUAUAUAUUGGUACUAAUAGAGGAUUGCAUGGAUUAGAUCUUUCAACAUUGAUUAUUCAUCCUUAUAUUAAUGAAAUAAAUGAAUCUGUUUCUUCUUUAGCAUGGACUUCAAAACAUAGAACAGUCUUUAUUGGUACAGCAACUAAACUUUGGAUUCAUGCAUAUGGCAAUGAUGAUGGUGAAGAAUGGCGUUUAGAACUAAUCACUGGACUUAUUGAUGGACCUAUCACUUCAUUAGCUUAUAAUGAUGGACAAGAUAAGCUUUGGAUAGGGCAAGAUACUGGCAUUACUCUUCUUUCACCAAUUCUCAUGUCAACAGGACGUGUACAUUGGUAUUUUUCGAGAUUAGCAGGACAAAUUUCUCAUCCCGGAUCCGAUAUUGGCCAUUUACCAUUUGCUAAUAUUACUACUUUAGGUGUAAGCCAUUCAGUAUUACCUGACGGUCGAGUUUGGUUGGGUUCUAUUCGUGGAAUGAUGCGUUUUGAUCCUAACGAUAGUGACAUGAAUGCUUGGCGUGUAUUUAAUGGUGCUCGAUAUAUGCCUAAUCGUGAUUCAUUGGUCAAUAUAGUUUCAUUAGCUGUAUUAAGUCGUGAAAGUAAGGCAGUUACCGCUAUGGGCAGUAGCGCAGUAGCAGUCACCAGUAAAGGCUUAGCUGUACUCCAUUUUGAGAUGUGGACAUUGGCACGAAAAGCAAAACAUUUUCAAGAUUUUUUUAAUCAAACAGGUAGACAUGAUCGAUAUAAUUUGGUCUCAAGUUGUAGUAUGUCAUCAUGGGGAGAUAGUCGUACUUGUAAUAAAGGACCAGAUGACAAUGAUGGUCUUUGCACUUCAAAGUAUUUAAGUAGUCAAAUCUUUCGCUAUAAAGUAACUCAAGAUCCAGCAGUGAAAACAUCUGCAUGGGCUCAUUUUGAAGCAUUAGAACUUCUUAAUAAAGUUACAGGUAUUUCUGGUUAUCCUGCUCGUACAAUUGCGAAACGCACAGAUACUCCUCCUGCUCCACAUAAAUGGUAUUUAUCUCCUGUUUAUCCAACUCUUCAAUAUGAGGGUGAUACUUCAUCUGAUGAAGCUGUUGGACACGAAUAUGUUUAUCCAUUAGUACAUGAUAUUUUGGCUAGUAAUGACGAUGAACGUCAAAGAGCUUACACAUUGCUCUUCAAUAUCACGAAUCAUAUUUUAACUCAUGAUUGGUAUCUGGAAGGUGUGAAUGGGACUCAAAGAGGUGUCUGGAAUCCAUUAGAUAUAAAUAGUGAUGUUGGCUAUGUAGACGAACGGGGACUUGGUAGUCUCGAAAUAUUAGCUUUUCUUAUUCAAACUUAUGCUUAUAGUGGUGAUGAACGUUUUCUUAAUGCUACUAAACUUCUUAUUGAAACCUAUCAUUACGAUGUUAAUAUGAUUAAUCAAAAAAUGAUUGCAGUUUGUCAAGUGAAAUUUUGGAAUAAUGAAUUGGCUUAUUUAUCUUACUUUAAUUUAGUCUCUGCAAUCAACAAACUUACUUCUACAUCUAUUUUAUCUACAGCACAAAAGGAGCGUGCACAAUCAGUUGUCGGUAAACUAUUAGAAUAUAUGACGACUGGAUUAGAAUUAGCGCAUAAAUACAUACAUAUGGAUAAAUCACCAUUCUAUAAUUUCAUCUAUUGUUAUGCUACUGGUCAAGUUAAUCAAACACAACAUUUAUUCAAAAGAAUUCGUGGAUUUUCUCCUGAAUUCGAUUGUAAUUCAUUAACAAAGGAUGGUAUAUGGAAUAUGCAACGUUGGCCAUUGGAACUUAUCAAUUGGCCACAAUUCAAUAGUGAUCGAUUGGAUGUUCAAAUAAACGUACCUGCUUUUUGUGAUAUGGAGAGAGCACUUCGAUCGAUAAAAAUGUUACCUCCUGACGAACGAACUGUUGAUACAUGGGGAUAUAACGUCUAUGACUUGGAUGGUGGUAAUGGACUUUUGGAAUCAGAUCCAACUGCUUUCUUAAUCGGUUAUUGGGGAAUGUCUUAUCUGAAUUUGUUAGGAGAGUGA